AUGUGCCAUGUCCAAGGCGCAAAGCUGAUCAACCACAACACCGACGCUCUCCAACUCCAGGUGCGACUUCAUGCGACGAAGAGGAGCGUGGGGUUCGUAGAUGACUCGACGCCAAUGAUCACGGUGGCGAUGGACGAUGACAACAGCACGAACGUGGUCGUCGUCCACGAGCAGCAAGCGGCGCUGGACCGCCGCGGCUGGGUGCUGUUCGUGGUGCUGUCGCUGUGCCUGUGCACGCCCGUGUGCUGCCUCCUGGGCGUCGUCUCGGUGCUCGAGGGCCUGGGCAUCGCCGUUCCGUGCCGCUUCGACGACGCUCGCUGCGCCGUCCGCCAGCGGCUCGACCGCCUGCAGCGGCCAACGCCCUUCGCCGCGCAAGGGCAAGUGGCACUCAUGAUGAAGGACCAUCAUCGUCAUUAUCGUCAUUGA